AUGCAAGCACCGAUCCGAGUGCUGGGAAAGCAGCUGCUGUCCAAGGCAGACGGCUCCCUGAUAGCAACGGCAGACGCGCUGCAGGGAGCUUCAGCGGUGGGAUUCUAUUUUUCGGCCAGUUGGUGCCCUCCUUGCAGAGGCUUUACUCCGCUGCUGAUCGACAGCUACAAGCAGCACCUGCAUCCCAAAGGAAUGCGCUGCAUUCUUGUCUCAUGGGAUCGAGAUGAGCCCUCAUUCACCGACUACUACUCCUCGAUGCCCUGGCUGGCCCUACCGUAUGAGGACAGCUCCAUAAACCAGGAACUUGGCCAAUACUUUUCAGUGCGCACAAUUCCCACCUUGGUGCUGGUGGACCCCGAGGGCAACAUCAUCACCUCAUCGGCCCGCGAAUCCUUGGUAGAUGACCCGGAAGGGAAGGACUACCCUUGGCCCCAGGAUUAUUCAAUGUUAGAGAAGGCAUCACUGGACCAGCCUUUCAUCAUUUGCCUCUGCGAGAGCCGCUACAUGGGCCGAGCUGGCAAAGCUCUCAGGGAUGGCGGCAAAGCAGUUCGGGAGGGCGGCGGCGGAGACUACGGCCUCUUCGUCGGCUGUGGCGGUUAUUUGUCGAAGCAGGUAAGCAACAUAACUGGCCAAAAGGUCAGUGGGACUCCCCGUCUCAUGCUGCUAAAUAUCCCAGAUGGCAGCUUCUACUACGGGCCUGAAGGUGAGCAAGCAUUGUCGGCGGAGUCAGUAGCAGCAUUUGCAGCUGAUGUUGCUGCCGGUCGUCUCACAAGACAUGUACCGUCCGAGUGA